CCAGAGUCCAGCUCAGUCUGAGAUACAACGAACAAUAGGCCUGUGACACGGGGGUCGCUCUCCCGGCGGCAGGGCGGCUCUUUGUCCCCUACCCUGCCCCCUGCUCCUUCACCCCCAUCUCCACCGCGGUGCCUUGCCGGAACUCGCAGAGAGCUUGCGUCUCCUCUCCAGCCCGGGGCUGUGGCUCUAUCUUGUGAGCACGGGGAGGGCCAGGGCCUCGCCCGCGGUGUCCCGGAGCACCUCACCCUAUUCCCUGCCCCGAGGGGACAAGGGCGCCAGGAACGUGUCCCCGCCCCGAGCGGCGCUCAAAGCUCCACUCCCCGCACACCCGGCCGCCGGUCCCAGGGACAACGGGGGGAAUCUGCGAUUCGCAAGGUGAAAACCUCUGGGACAGUGGAGAAAGGUCUCCCACUGGGGCCUUAACACCGGGGUUGCAGGGCGCCGAGCGGGCUGCAGAACCCCCUCCCAGCCGACAGCCUCGCCCCUUCCCACAGCCUGUGAGUCUGUCUCGUUAUCCUCGUGUCCCCGAAGAGCAUUUACGGCUCGUCUGCUGAGAGCAGAGCGGAGGGGGGGGUGUCGGUCCCCCGGGACCUGCAAGGAGAUAAAACCCGCGCACUCGACCGUGAGCAGCCACAGCCUGGAGCGCGCGCCCGCGCAGCAGCUGAUGUCCCCAUUUACAGUUGCUCAACCAUUCACCCGACACCCGUGUUCGCAGCGCCUUCUCUAGGCCAGACCUGUUCUAGACUCCCAGGGGUUUCUGCAGGGGACGACAGCAGAGGCCACGGCCCUCUCGGGGGAGAGACCCGGAGAAGAUAAACAAAUUAGGAGAGGUGUGUGGGGUCACAGGUGACCUCAGCUUCUUGUCCCCAUAUUCCGGACAAGGAGGAUGGAGGAAGAAGCACUGUCUGGAAAUCCAAAACGCAGAAGUCCAGCCCACGUGCUUUUCUCCCUCCCCCUGCGGAUCCUCCGCCUUUGACCUGAUCACCUCUGGACAUCGUUGGGCCACCAGCGGGAUGAGGUAGCUCCAUGGAGCCCCCUGGUGGCCUGAAGAGUUGUUGCGGCCACAAGGGCCGGGGCGGGCUCAUUCCCUGACAUCCACUGAACUACGUAGGACCUUUCUCGUGACCCAGACUGGUGCCAGGAGCUUCUCUGGGUGCCGACAGGAAAACGUCGUCUCCCAACAGCCCUGUAAUGUGGGCGUCACCCCCAUGUUAUACAUGUGGACACCUAGAGGGGACAGUCCCAUAUCAUCAGGCUGCUGCUGAAAAUCCAUUGUCAGGGAAACAAGCAAGAGGCAGACCGAAUGCUCGCCCUAUGCGGCCCAUCUCUACGACGCGGAAGACCCGUCCACGCCCCUGCGGACAGUGCCCGGGCUCUGCGAGGACUACUGCCUGGACAUGUGGCAAACCUGCCGGGGCCUGUUCCGCCACCUCUCACCGGACCGCGAACUCUGGGCACUGGAGGGCAACCGUGCCAAGUUCUGCCGCUACCUGUCCCUGGACGACACGGACUACUGCUUCCCGCGCCUGCUGGUCAACGAGAACCUCAACUCGAACCUGGGCCGUGUGGUGGCCGAUGCCAAGGGCUGCCUGCAACUGUGCCUGGAGGAGGUGGCCAAUGGGCUGCGCAACCCCGUGGCCAUGGUCCAUGCCUGGGACGGCACCCACCGCUUUUUCGUGGCUGAGCAGGUGGGGCUGGUGUGGGCCUACCUGCCCGACCGCUCACGGCUGGAGAAGCCCUUCCUGAACAUCAGCCUGGCCGUGCUCACCUCACCCUGGGAGGGCGACGAGCGCGGCUUCCUGGGCAUUGCCUUCCACCCUCGUUUCCGGCAUAACGGCAAGCUCUACGUCUACUACUCGGUGGGGGUCGACUUUGACGAGUGGAUCCGCAUCAGCGAGUUCAGGGUCUCGGAGGAUGACGGGAACACCGUGGACCACGAGUCUGAGAGGAUAAUCCUGGAGAUCGAAGAACCAGCGUCGAACCACAACGGGGGGCAGCUCCUCUUUGGGGACGAUGGGUACCUCUACAUCUUUACCGGAGAUGGCGGGAUGGCUGGAGACCCCUUUGGAAAGUUUGGAAAUGCCCAAAACAAGUCGGCGCUGCUGGGCAAGGCCCUGCGCAUCGACGUGGACGGCAACGAGCGCGGCCCGCUCUACCGGAUCCCGCCCGACAACCCGUUCGUGGGCGACCCCGCCGCGCGACCCGAGGUCUACGCCCUGGGGGUGCGCAACAUGUGGCGAUGCUCGUUCGACCGCGGCGACCCGGCGUCGGGCGCCGGCCGCGGGCGUCUCUUCUGCGGCGACGUGGGCCAGAACAAGUUCGAGGAGGUGGACCUGGUGGAGCGCGGUCGCAACUAUGGCUGGCGCGCGCGCGAGGGCUUCGAGUGCUACGACCGCAAGCUGUGCGCCAACACCUCCCUCGAUGACGUGCUGCCGAUAUUUGCCUACCCGCACAAACUGGGCAAGUCAGUCACUGGGGGCUAUGUGUACCGCGGCUGCGAGUACCCCAACCUGAAUGGCCUCUAUAUUUUCGGAGAUUUCAUGAGCGGGCGUCUGAUGUCCCUCAGAGAGAAACAGGGGACAGGCCAGUGGCGGUACAGUGAGAUCUGCAUGGGCCGUGGCCAGACCUGCGAGUUCCCGGGCCUCAUCAACAACUACUAUCCGCACAUCAUCUCCUUCGCAGAGGACGAGGCCGGGGAGCUGUACUUCAUGUCGACAGGCGUGCCGAGUGCCACAGCGGCCCGUGGGGUUGUCUACAAAAUGAUUGAUCCCUCCAGACGGGCACCCCCCGGCAAGUGUCAGAUCCAGCCUGCCCAGGUGAAGGUGAGGAGCCGCCUCAUCCACUUUGUGCCCAAAGAAAAGUUCAUCCGGAGGGCCGAAAGCACCCCGCGGCCCACAGCGCGUGCUACCACCAAGGCGCCCCGACACAGCCGCCCCACGGCCGCACGGCCCGCGCCCACCCGGAAGCCGGCAAGGCCCACCCGGCGGCCUGGGGGCCGGAAGGGCAGUGGGCGGCGGAGGGGACGACCAGGCACUGCAGACCCCGCGCCCUCAAAUGGCGCCGUACGCCUGGUGCGGCCUGCGGGCCUGAGUCCAGGCCGUGGGCGCGUGGAGGUGUUCGCAGGUGGACGCUGGGGCACUGUGUGUGACGACCGCUGGGACAUCAAGGCCGCGGCCGUUGUGUGCCGCCAGCUGGGCUUUGCAUACGCCGUGCGCGCCACUAGGCGCGCCGAGUUCGGUGAGGGCCGUGCACUGCCCAUCUUGCUGGACGACGUGCGCUGCACAGGCAGUGAGAAAACCCUGCUGGAGUGCACACAUGCCGGCCUGGGCACGCACAACUGCAGCCAUCAGGAGGACGCGGGCGUCGUGUGCAGCCGCGAGGACCCCGAUCUGUAGGCGAGUGUAGUCUGUCUGCCCUGGCUGUCCUCUGUUGGACCGGAGCCUGGAAGGGCCCUCUUCCCUGUGCAUGCCUGGUGUGUGCACAGGAGUCUGAGGGUGGAGGUGGCCCAUCUGUAAUGCUGUCCUGUGGAUGCGAGUGAGGUAUGCACAGUGAAUGGUGUUCUCUGUGUGUCCCUGCCCAUGUGUCCUCGGCCUGGAAGCCCCAGUAUGUGUUGGGGUCUGGGGGCCCUGUGAAUGUGUGUUCCUGGCAGGAGGCAUUCUUUUCUUACCUCUGAGCAGCAGCAGGAAUACAGCCUGGCAUGGAACCCUGAGCACUGAGGGCAGCCAGUCUUCAAGGACAGACAUGGCCCCUGCCUGCAUUAACAGAGGCAUAGCUGGUAGACUGAGGGAGGGGAACCAGGCUUGCUCUGCUCACAAAUGUAGUGGGAGGCCCUAGACCAGCUGAGAAAUGUGUGACUUGAGGAAUGUGGCCCAAAGAGCAUGGACCGGUGGCCCAGCAGUCCGAGGUGCUGAAGAGAACAGAGAGACAUCCAGUGGGACAAAGAGAAGCCAUCAGACCGAUGGGUCCAGGGUAAUAAUGGGCCAUGUUUGUCCCAGCGAGUGCCCAGGUUGGGGGGCGCUGGCUGGAGGGCACUAGACGACCUCUGGGAGAAGCCUCCUGGUCAUCUUGAACCUCUUCAUCAUGCUGAGCCCAUGUGGGUGCUCUGGGGAGGGUGCGGGGCCACCCAACCCUAAGGGCUGACUUCCCCUUCUCCCCAGGAGAAAAGCCACCCAGCACUGACUGGGCAGAGCUUCCCAGUGGCCACUCCCAGCACCCCAGCUCCUGGUGAGUGGGGGGCUUAGGGCUUCUCCACUUUCAAGAAGGUGUCGGGGCCACUGGGCCCACCGGUGUCAUCUCAAAACCCACGCCUGCUCAUUGAAAUCCCAGGGAACCCCUCCUUCCAUUCCUCCAGCCCCACCCUGGGGCCAACCAGGCUGUGGUCCAGUGAGACUACUGAUGCUCUGUCACCCAGGGCUGUGCCAACACCGUGACUGUUUACAGCCCCUUCCCUUCUUGUCUCUUCUCUCUGACCCAUGGCUGC